AUGAAUGAUAUCUUCAUUAUGUCUCAGAUGAUUUAUGAUAUUGAAUAUCAAUGUGGUGAACAUCCAAGUAGAAUUAUAUUUGUUUCAGGGAUUUGUAGAAAUGAAUAUGAAAACAUUAAAAACAAAAUCAAAGGAAGUGGAACAAUCAAAGCCGUUUAUGAUAAAUGUUUAAACUCAUAUCAUUUUAUUCUUAUUUCAUACUUUGAUCUAAGAGAUGCAAAGACAGUAUAUAGAUUACUACAAAAUAAAUAUUCAGUAUCAUAUGCAAUUGCAAAAGAUGUUUUAAAUGAUAAUGAACAAAAUCAAGGAACAAUUGUAGUAUUUAACAUUGAAUAUUCAAUCACAAAUACACAAUUAAAAGAUGUGUUUGGAAGAUAUGGAGAUAUCAAAGAAAUUCGUGAGACACCAAAUAAAAAACAUCACAAAUUUAUUGAAUAUUAUGACUUAAGAAAUGCACAGAAAGCAAUUGAAAAGUUAAACCAUUUUGAAAUGAAAGGAAGAAAAAUAAAAAUUGAACCAUCCAGACCUGGUGGAAUUAGACAACAACUCAUUUUACGUUGUGUUAAUGCAUUAAAAUUACCUAAUGAUCUUAUUGGAUUACCACCACCACAUGAAAUGAUUAAACUAAUUGAUGAAUCAAUUAAAACAAAAGAAAUAAUGAAUGAAAUAACAAAUGAAUCUUUUACUAUUUCAUUACCAAAACCAACUGUUGUUGGUGAAGAGUUAAGUAAAAGAUUUAUUGGAAAUGAAAGUGUUGGAACACCUCAUCUUGUUAAUUAUAGUGAAUCUAUUAAUCAAAUCAAAGGAAUUGGUUUAAAUGAAGGUGAAGAUGUAGAUGAAUAUAAAAGUGUUAUUGUUAUUAAUAAUAUCC